AUGGCCGCUCCACCCCACCACCACCACCCCAAUCGUGAUGUGCCCUCGCCACCGCAACCAACCACCACACCCCCGCCUACACCCCCAGCCACCGCGAGUCCCCGACCCCUGCCUUCGUCGCCUCCAACGCCCCACCGCAGCACGACCGAGCAUACAGCUGAUACAGAUCUAGGUCGCCGCCGACCGGCCCCAUCGCCGAGCCACUCCACCGCCGACCACUGUCCUCCGCCUAAUGCUCCAUUGCCACCACCAUACUCUGCGAGCUUCCUCCCCCGAGCAGGACUUGUCACCGGUGCACCGACCAAGGCCGCCUCCUCUAUGUCCUCUGCCCCAAGCAAUGGAGCGUCCGUCCCCUCCCGCGAGCAGCUCUGCCUCCUGUACUUCCUUGUCCCAAAGAGAGCAUUUGAUAGGGAUCAAGUUGUUGGGUGGCCGCCUCGUGGGAGCUACCGGAAGAACACACUAGCCGCCAAUGCUACAAAGACCAAGGUGGAGAACAAAGGUAAAAGCAAGGCAUGA